UUACGUCGCCCCGCGGAGACAGUGAGAAAAACGGACAGCCUCGCUUUCCGUUUACAGCUCUGUGGUAAUAAGCACCCGAAUAUUGCCGUAAUAUUAAUCCAGGAAGUCGGGCUCUGGGUUUUGCUUUACGGUAGCCUUCAGCCGGAAGUGCUGGGCAGUGGUGUUGUUUACUGGGGGUAUCGUUUGUUCUUUGUUCUUGUUGGGUGGACGAGCAAGUCGGGCAGCCGCCAGUAGUAUCAUGGACCGGAAAAAGAAGCUGUUGGACGUUACGGUUGCCUCGUUGGUAGACUUGAAAGCUGAACUUUUCAGAAAACAGGAAGAAUUCAAAAAAGAAAAACUUCUGAAAGAUGCUGGAGCCCCUGUAAAACCUAAAGCAGUAAACAAGAAGCCAAGCAUCUGGACUAAACAAAAUAAAGGUGUUUCAGAUCGAGCUGAGAAAGAUGCUGAACAAAAGAUAGAAGAGCAACAAACAUUGGAUAAAUCAAGACAGAAACUAGAAGAGAAAGCACAGCUGUAUGAGAAAAUGAUAAAAGGAGAUUUUCCAGAUGAAGAAACUGAGGAUUUGUACCUUGUGGAUUUCACUCAGAAGAUCAUAGACAAACAGAGAGAAGUACAGGAACUAUGUGCAAAUGAAGCUGCUAGAAAGGCAGCAGAGAAGGAAAAUGAGGAAGAAGAGACACUUUCUGAAACAGAAAUUCCACCUCCACAGGACCCCACCGAAGAAUGGUUUGUGGUAGCAUUGUGGGUUGACUAUGUGGAUUCCUUGGGCCGAUCUAGACGCUGUAUGAAAAAAGAUUUGCCACAUCUGCUUCAAAUGGAUAAAGAGCUUCAGGGAAAGAGACAAAUGAUUGAAGGGAAAACUCUGUUGUCUGAAGAUAUGAGAAGGGAAUUUCAACGACAGCAGUGGGAAAGGGAGGAAGAAGAAGCCCUAAAGAAACCUAUGGGACCAAUACAUUACGAGGACAUUCGAGAAAAUGAGGCCAGACAGCUUGGUGUCGGUUACUUUGCCUUUGCCCGUGAUCAAGCUUUGAGAAGAAAACAAAUGGAAACUUUAGAAAUGCUAAGAGAGCAGACUACAGACCAGAGAACAAAACGUGAACAUUUAAAGGAAAAACGCAAGGCCAUUCUGGAAGCCAGACUCUCUAAGCUCCGAGCAAAAAAGCGAUUAAAAGAGGGGGACACAAAGGAAAAUGGAGAAGAAGAAGUUAAGCUGGCACCAGCUGAACCCAAACCUGCUGAAGUGCCAAGAGUUUCCACAGAGAAUAGAAAAGUGGAAGUGAUCAUUCAGGAAAGGAAAGAUACAAAACCUGGAGUGCCCUAUGUCAGAGAGUGGGAUAAAGGCAAAGAAUUUACUUUUGGACUCUGGUCAAAGAAGCAGGAAGAUCUCAGAAAUGAACGAGACCCAGAAUUUGCACCUCCAUCCGCUUACUUUAUGGGUCAAAAGAGAACUCGUGACUUUAAAAGCCAGAAUUGGAACAAGCAGGGAACCUCAUAUGAAAAAACAGAGCACCUGACAAAGAACCUGCCAUCCACAUCAGCUGAAACUCUUAGUAGCAACUCACAGGCCAAUCAGUUCCUAUCCACUCAGGCAUAUGACAGUGGCUUGCAAAAUCAGCCACCAGUUUACCAAAGUUUAGAUGAUAUGUUGUCAUACUAUAAACAAGUGACAUGAGCUUUUGAUGUACAGAGAUUAAAUAGAAAAAGGUAUUUGGGGUUCCAGUUUUCCUUUUGUUUUAAAGCUUAAGAGAAAAUGUGUUUUGGUAGGAUAGGUAUUGAAUGGCUUUGCCAUGAGAUGUAUGUAUUUUACUGCAACAACCAUGUUACUGUCAGUACUAACUUUAAAGGUUUCUGUUUUAAAAGUGAUAAUUACAUUUCUGUAGUGUUUUGAAUUUCUUGCCAUUUCCGCUGCAGUCAUCCCCCCCAAUACUAUGGCUGAGAUCCAAGACCUGUGAGAGUGAUGACUUUCUUUUUUAAAAAAAGCAUAUAUACUCAGAGUCACCGUGCAAUAUUGCAAACUGCUUUUAAAAGUCUCCUAAGUUUUUGAAGUGUAUACUAUUAUUUAGCAUGAAAGGCUGCUGUUUGAGAAACAACACACACAUUUUGCUUGGGCACAGAGAAUUAGUUGUCCAGUUCUUUGGAAACCAGCAUUAAAGUAGUUUAGUGACAACUUGUAGGGUGUGGUAAACAGCAUUCCAAUAAAAGUCUUCUAAAUUGUAAAACAUGUUUGCAUCAUGAUAGCGGACCAUUGUUCAUAUACAAAGAAUCUUUGUGCUAUAAAUUGAAUCCCAGUAAGAUUAGCAUAGUGGUGCUUUCUGCUGUCCAUUGUUCAUCUGGAUUUGUGCUAGCGCUGACAAAGUAAACAGUUCAUGUGAGUCAGUAUUAUCAGGAACUGUCAUUUUAAUAUAAUGGAGUGACUCAACAAUUUCUUGUUUUCAACUACGUGAACAGUUAUUGUGCUUUACUUAACUAUUUAAAGCUAUCCCUUUCUCUGGUGCAAUGCGACUACGAUGGAGGCUGGCAGCAAGGAUGUGUUUUCCAACUUUGCAGCAUCUAUUUCAGUUUGGGCUAUAAAGUUGAUGAAUGAUAUGGGGGCUCCAAAGUUUACAGUGGCUUUAAAAAAUAAGAGUAACACUCAAAUUA